GAAAUGUUUCAAAUGGAAAGUUAAAAUGAAGGGGAGAAGUUGGAAAAGACAACCUAUCUAGGAGCUAAGUGAUCUGCAGCGAGACCCUCCAGCCCACUGUUCUGCCGGACCUGUUGGAGAUGACUUGUUUCACUGGCAAGCAACAAUUAUGGGACCUAUUUGUACAGGUCACAAAGAUGUUGUGUGUUUUAAAACUCCCUGAUGUCAUCAUGAUCAGCUGAAUUAUGUUGGAAAAUCCUACUCUUUGCAUCUGCAAAGAGAAACCACUUCUUAAGCCUGAUAGUGCAUAUCAAGGGGGAGUAUUUUUUCUGACAGUACACUUUCCAACAGACUAUCCUUUCAAACCACCAAAGAUUGCUUUUACAACAAAAAUAUACCACCCAAACAUAAACAGUAAUGGGAGUAUUUGUCUUGAUAUCCUGAGAUCACAAUGGUCACCAGCUCUGACUGUAUCUAAAGUUUUAUUGUCCAUAUGCUCCUUACUUUGUGAUCCUAAUCCAGAUGACCCUUUAGUACCGGAUAUUGCACAGAUCUACAAGUCAGACAAGGAAAAAUACAACAGACAUGCGAGAGAAUGGACACAGAAAUAUGCAAUGUAAACUUGUGAAGAUUUUUUCAUAUACCACAGAGUACUGUAAAUUCUAGGUUUUUUUCAAAAUUAGAAGGAAAUGGAGCACAGUUUACUGUUUCAAUGUAUCAUAAUGCCCCUUGAGUUUUUUUUCACCCAUCUAAAUGUGUUUCUGGAGCAAGGGAGAACAAACUUCCAAAAAUAACCUUAUGACUGUGAUAAGAAUAUUUAUCCUCUUUGUAUGCUUUGCAGAAGACAUUUAUUAUGUUUUUUAAGAGUUGGACAUCUGCAUCUUCAGACUACAAGAUCCAUAAUGCAGUUGUAAAGCAACCAGGUUUUUUUGCUGGAAGAAGUAGCUGGUUUUGUGAUGAAUACUGUAUGUGUAUCCUUAAAGUACGUUGUCUGUUUCCUAAGUGUGUUCAAAUUUUGUUUUGUUAGUUCACUUACAUAAUUUGUAUUUUUUUUACUGUAUAGACUAAAUAUUUUAUUUACCAUGCAAGUCAUUUCAUUUUAGACUUACUUGCUUGUGCACAGUAUUGACAAGAUACAACUGCUAGUAAAGAAAAUAAUUGGAGUAUCCCACCCAUUAGGAUAUUCCAAAGACUGACUGCAGAUUUCUUAAAACCUAAAAUGAUCUUUGCACUGUAUUUCUUUGUAUGCUGACUAUGGAGAAACACUUGGUUUUGAUUCUGUUGCAUACUUGACUUAAUUUUAUUGCAAUGUGAACUAAUUGCACUGCUAUGUAGAAAGAAAUGUAACCGUUUUGUUGCUAUUCACAACUGAUUUUUGACAUGUGGGCAACAUAACACUGUCACAGACCUUUUACAAAUUUAAAUGUAGCCUUUUCCAUAUAAAUAAAAUGCAUUUUUUACUACUUGUCUUGGCUAUUAUUUUUAAAAUCCUGCCUAUCUCUUAAAGUGCUUGUUCUAACAUUAGAGAAUCAAAAUGUUAAGUGUGCAUGUGUCUUGUAGACAGAAGGGAAAAUAAAGCCAUGCAUCACAUAUUACUUAGAACUCUGUUGCAAUUAAUUUUUAUGCUGGCUUUAGCCUGAUUUAUUUAGCAUGGCAUGCCCAUUGUUUUAUAGAGGUUUUGAACUAGUUUAAUGACAUGUUACAUCUCUAUUCAUUUAUGGAGGAAAUACCACCAGUGUUUGCACACUAAACACUUCUUUUAAGGUGGUGUAUUUGCAAUAUCCGAACAUUACAGUAAACUUCUCACACUCGAAGCUAACUUUUCCAUGAACUGGCACUUCAGUUGCUUCAUACUAUGCAUGUGGAAAACCAGUAGUGCUGGAGAGGAGUAAUCUUUUCUUAUAAAGGAGAUUAAAAGCAGAACAACAUUGAUUUCCUGCUGUACAUUCUUCUUGGGUAUCUGAAAAUAAAAAUGUGUUAUUAACGUUUUUCUCUGUACCUUGCACAUGAAAGAGAAGUGACUUGCAGUUGGGUAAUUUGUCAUUGUAAAAUACAUUUUGAAGAUGACAGAAGUAUUUGGGUGUUUUUACUUGUAAUGAAUGCCAAACUGGAAUGUGAGGUGUGGGUGGGAAGCGUACACUGUGGGAGCUUUUAUUCCUGCCAGUGGAGUAUUAUCUUCCUGCUUGCUGACUUACUGUCCCAAAUGGCAGAAGUUAGUCAUGUACAGGAGAAUGUCACUUCUGUGAUACAAUUUUUGCGAUUGUUUAAUGAUGACUCCUGAAACAAAAGGUUGAUGGAGAGUGGCUUUAUUCAUCUUUAUCCUUGGUCACUUCAGAUUGUAAACUGAAUAAAUGUGGGGUAUUUUGUUAUUGAAAUGAGUGCUUCAUUAUACUUGAACUAGGACAAUGUAGCUAGGAAGGCAAAGCCAUUGUUUAUACUUAUUGCUAAAAUGGUGGUAGAAGACUUUGACCAUCAGAAUGUGUUCCCAGAGCUUUUAUUUUUUCUAGAUUGGUAGUAAUAUGUUUGUACUAGAAGUGAUUUAAAUGUUUUCAAUAUCUGUAUUGAACCGUGUGAAAUUGGAAGUUUGGCUUGCAUCUCAAUCCUCGCUUUCUUUUGGUUUACUGGUUUGUGUUCGGGAUGGUUUGAAGACAUUUGUACUUCAGCUGGUAAUUUUUCUGCUGUGUGCCAUACAUGCAAGAAUGACUUUCCAUCACAGUGCGAGACCAGCAGGAUGAUCAAA